AUGACGGAUAGCUGGAGGCCGACUAGCGCAAGGUCCAGCGGUUCUAGUCCGUUGAAACCGCCUGAACAAGCGGAACUUGUAGCCGAGCCAGAUCUAGAAGAUGAGUUGGAGUCGCAGGAGUAUCAAUACGAUGACGACAGGGAUAGAGAUUCAGCGCUAGGAUCAGAUAUAGCAAGCAGCGCUAAUUCCAUCGCGUCGAGCAUUUUGGAGUACCGGACGAUUCAAGGGCGAACAUUUCAUAGUGACAGACACAACAUCAACUACUUCACUCCGAAUGACGAGCAGCAAGUCCAGUCUAUAGACAUCACGUACGUAUCUUAUGAUCCUAAGUUCAUUCCGGCAUGGUCCAGCGGAGGGAUCCCAGUCAACGAUCUUCGUGUCUACCACCACUACCUUACCUUGCUGCUGGAAGAUAGACUUUUCAUCGCACCAAUACCAAGCCAUGUCCAGAGUGUGCUAGACAUCGGAACUGGAUCAGGAAUAUGGUCUAUUGACUUCGCAGAGCAGUACCCCAACGCACAAGUAAUCGGGACGGACCUCUCGCCCAUGCAACCCAUGUGGGUGCCACCCAACGUCCGGUUUGAACUGGAAGACUGCACGCAGCCGUGGUCAUGGGGUGAAAGUUCCUUUGACUUUGUACACCUACGGUACUUAUUUGGCGCCAUCCCCGACUGGAACGAAUUCAUACGACAGGCAUACCGCGUGACUAGACCUGGAGGCUGGGUCCAAAGUUGCGAGACUGAAGUGAUCAUCCAGUGUGACGAUGGAAGCAUCCCUCCUGACAGCGCGUUUGAGACCUUCUGGAAUAAGAUAUAUAACGAGAUAGGAGAGAAGAUAGGCACGUCAUUUAAGCCCCAUACCCAUAACCUCCAAGAGAGUGCCUUUAGAGCAGCUGGGUUCCGGAAUAUUGAGAUUUAUGAUUACAAGCUCCCCAUUGGUGGAUGGCCAACUGAUCACAGGAUGUCAGAAGUUGGCCAAUACGUCCAAUUAACAUUACUUAACGAUCUCGAAGGCUACACACUCAUGCCUUGGAACACGGUCAUGGGCGACGACGCCCCGGGUUAUAAAGAGAAUCUGUCGCAGAUGCGGAGGGAGCUACAUAAUAGGAGAAUACAUGGAUAUAUGAGGACUCGUUAUGUAUAUGGCCAUAAGCCGGAGUCGUGACAUAUAAGUUGGAGGGGUGAUCACUCGUAUUCUUGCGUCGUAAGAUGGGAA